GGCAGCUCCUCCUGCCACAUCUGCGCCCCCCUCGCACCAUCGGCCCCUCUCCCGAGGCGCAGAGAUGAGCCAGGCCAGGCCUCGCUAUGCCAUCGAGCGUCCUGCCUACUCCGUCAGCCUCUUCGACGAGGAGUUUGAGAAGAAAACCAGAACUUAUCCCGUCGGGGAGAAACUGAGAAACCUCUUCAGAUGUUCAGCCUCCAGGUUCAAGCUCACCCUCUUCUGCCUGUUCCCAAUACUGGCCUGGCUUCCCAAGUACAAAAUCAAGGAUUACAUCCUGCCCGAUGUGCUCGGCGGGCUCAGCGCGGGGACAAUCCAAGUGCCACAAGGGAUGGCCUUCGCCCUCCUGGCCAAUCUGCCUCCUGUCAACGGGCUCUACUCCUCCUUCUUCCCCCUGCUCCCCUACUUCUUCCUCGGGGGCAUCCAUCAGAUGGUGCCAGGGACUUUUGCUGUCAUCAGCAUCAUUGUUGGCAACGUCUGCAACGAGCUGGCCCCGGAGUCGGACUUCCAGUACUUCAACCACACCACCAACGAGACCAGCGUCAACAGCACGGCCCUGGAGGCUGCCAGGCUGGAGAUCUCAGCCACCCUGGCCUGCCUGACAGCCGUCAUACAGCUGUGCCUGGGCUUCCUGCAGUUUGGCUUCGUGGCCAUCUACCUGUCCGAGUCCUUCAUCAGGGGCUUCAUGACGGCGGCGGGGCUGCAGAUCCUCAUCUCCGUGCUCAAGUACGUCUUCGGCUUGACGGUCCCGUCUUACACCGGGCCCUUAGCUAUCGUCUACACAUUCAUUGACAUCUGUAAAGGUCUGCCCCAAACCAACCUGGCCUCCCUGGUCUACGCCUUGGCCAGUGCUGUGCUCCUGAUCGUUGUCAAGGAGCUCAACCUCAAGUACAUGAAGAAGAUCCGGAUGCCCAUCCCGAUGGAGAUCAUCAUCGUGAUCGUUGCCACCGCGGUCUCCGGCAGCUUCAACAUGCCCGACAAGUACGGGAUGCCAAUCGUGGGGAAGAUCAGCAUGGGGUUCCCAGAGCCCACCCUGCCCCUGGUGAGCAAGUGGAAGGACAUGGUGGGCACGGCUUUCUCGCUGGCCAUCGUGGGCUACGUGAUCAACCUGGCCAUGGGGAGGACCCUGGCAGCCAAGCACGGCUACGACGUGGACCCCAACCAGGAAAUGCUGGCCCUGGGCUGCAGCAACUUCUUUGGAUCCUUCUUCAAAAUCCACGUGAUCUGCUGUGCUCUCUCUGUCACCCUUGCCGUGGAUGGGGCAGGAGCGAAAUCCCAAGUGGCGAGUUUCUUUGUGGCUCUGGUGGUCAUGGUGACGAUGCUGUCCCUGGGAAUCUACCUGGAGCCUCUUCCAAAGUCUGUGCUGGGAGCCCUCAUCGCCGUGAACCUGAAAAACUCCCUCAAGCAGCUGGCUGACCCCUUCUACCUGUGGAAGAAGAGCAAGCUGGACUGUGUGAGUGCCUGGGGUGGUGGGAGGCAUCACCUGGCCAGGGCAGGAUGAGCAGAACAAACCCCA